CUUGGUCCAGUGGCAAUGCCGCAUUUUAACGGUUUUAUUGAUCUUGUUGAUGAAUUUGAUCAGGAUGUGGCAAAAAGCAACGAGGAGGCAUUCAGAGAAAUUAUCCGAAAAGAACUGUUGCAGUUCGAGCGGAGCACUGAACGAGAACUCCGAAUGGCUCCAAUGUCAGCUGAGGAAAGAAAGAUCGUCCGUAACGAAGCAUUGAACUGCGGCUUAAAUUCACGUUCCACUGGGUAA